AAUGUAUAACAUACAUUGUAGUUUGUAUGUUAUCUAGGAUUCAAACCCAAUUUAAUUAUCUUCUAAAACUAAUAAGAAAAUACAAAUAACAAUGCUAUAUGUUCCUUGUUAACACUGGUUGAAAAAAUCCUUGCUUUCUCGCUGCAGGAAUGAUUGCAUGUAAUGUGAAGGAAUCUGUUGUUGUAUUCCAGCGCGUGAUUGCGUCUCACAUUUGCAUUGCUUUAUUGUGUCCAGUGUGAAGGGCCCGUAAUACUACUGAGUCAAAUAAGAGCCAGCGGAAUGUAAGCACAAAUCUUAAACAUAACUAUUUGUAUUUAUGGUACCGGUAAUAUUCAGGGCUGGUCUAUUUGGUAUAGUCUCAUUUCCUUUUAUUGUUCAACAGAAGAUAUCAUCAUUAAAAUUACAAGUGAUAUAAAGUAGGGUCAUGUUAAUAGAAUUGCUUCUAAUCAUUGGUCAUGAAUUUGCAUUAUGCUUGAUUACAUUCAUGUCACAUCUGCUUUACUCAUUAUUGAGGGAUUAAUAAAUUAUUUUGAUUGUGUGACAGCAUGGGUGUUUUAAGAGCAUUGUGAAACCGUGUAUCUACUUCAUCAUCCCCCUACAGCAGGUCAUGUGAGUUCAUGUAAACUGGUUUCACUUCUUUUAAUGGUUUCUCAUAUUUUUUUGUCAACAUUGCUGGGCAUUAAAGUUUUACUAUCAAUAAUGCUUGAGUUGACAAACUCAUGCAUGCUGUAAAUAAUAGCUGAACUAGUUAGAUGAAACUAAACGAUAACUAAUUUUGCUGUCAUUAAAUUGCAUCCCACUCUGAAAGAAAUGAAAAUAUAUUUACUAAUUUCAUUUAUGCAUAAUUGACACAUUUCUUUAAUCAAAACGUUACCAGUAGAACAAUGGCCCCUGUUCCAUUGGUCCCAGAUCAUUGGUCAACUGAGGGACCGUUUUUAUGACAAAAACUGAAAACUUUUUAUGCAUUUCGAUUGUUCGAUUAUAUGACAACCACGUUUUGGGGAACUGAAAAAUACUUUUGAAAAGGACUUUCCAAGUGCAGGUUUUUGUAAACGACACUGUUGUUGUCUCUGUGUAAACUGUGAAGAUGCAAAACUGAAAACGCUUACAUUCUGCGCAUGCAUAUUACAUGUGUAGUCUGUAGACUUGCGUGUGUAUUCCCAAAACAAUAAUGGUAGCCUUUAGGACUUGUGUUUGUGCUACGCAACACUUAUGUUUCUCCAGCAAAAAAGUAGAUUUAACACAUCUUUACGACCAGACUCUAAACAGGCAUGUACACUGGCAAAGGAAUUCAAAAAGCGCUUUGAUUAAACCUUGAUAUGCAUAUGUGUGCAGGCACAUAGUGUUUCUUUACAAAGUCGCAUCGCCAACUACUAGCCUGGCAUGCAUAAUACACCGUUUUACCUGUUUUUAGGGAUCCGUGUAAACUAGAGGUCAGCCGAUUGAUCUGGCUGAUUUUGGGGAUUUUUUGCAUCGGCUGAUUGUGCUGCAAAUUAGGCCGAUUAACAGGCAGGUGCAUCUGUGAGCGUUGUUGUGGAACACGUGACGCUGCCUCUUGCGGCAAACAGAUUACCACCAGCACAACACUGUGAUGUCCCCUUCUGCCUGCUAACUUUUUAACUAUCUGAUAACUUCAAAAGAAAACGGUAAGACUUACAUUCUUUUUAUCCUUCGUUCUUAAUCUAGCCUUAUUUCAUCAUAUUUCAUUGAUUAAAUAUGAUGCUACUUGAGAAUGCGAGUAACUUUUUGGAACUCUAAUUGUUAGCGAGCCUUCAACCACAUAGUUUAGGCUACAUGAAUGCAUCGGUACCAAAACCUGGUGACGAGUCCAGCGGCUAAAUUAUUACAGCUGUCCGCAUUGUAUAGCUAGAUAAACUCUGACGUUAUCAAUACUGUUUCUGUACCAGAGAAUUUCUCUCCCUCUGAGGCUGCGUGUGAGAUGGAGCAACUCACACUCUGCUGCCAUGCCUUGUUAAAAGACGAAACUUCUGGCUAAAACGUGCACGUUAACUUUCCUGCUUAAAUGUGUCUGUGGGUUGGACUCUUUGUUUUUGGUAUUAAGAUGCGUUUUAGUCAAUAUUUCCAUCAAACGGACAAAAUAACUGCAACCUAUUUACAUAUGAACACGACCAGGGAAGAUAAACAUACAGAGAGAAGGGUUUUUUAUUUCUGCUCUGACAGCCACGAGACACGCUGAACACUGCAAGUGUGUGUUAGAAAUCUGAAAUGGAGAGUAAACAUUCUGCUUGCUUGGUAAGUUUUUCGGCACUAAACCAAACUUUUAAGUCUUCAGCCAAAGUUUAAAUCCUUACUUGUUGUUUCCCCUCGUUUACGCAUUAUGUCCGUAGGCAGUCUUUUGUGGCUGUUUAAACGCAUUCGACCACAAGAGCGUCUACUUUCCUGUCAGGCUUUCUACUGUCCUAUGAAUCUGAAAAAGGCUAAAAGCUAAAUAUAACUAAAACUUAUUAAUACAAUUUUUUCACUUAGAUUAUGAACAUUUGACUUAUAGCCGUGUCUGCCAACAAACAUAAACAUAAAGCAUGCUUCAGAGCAGUUUGAGAAGGUGCUUAAAAGUUUUGAGCAAUAUAUUAUUACUAUGAAUUAGAUUACUAUCUUGUACCCUGCUAUAAACUCUUACUCAAUCUUUCUCAAUCAAGUGCACUGAUUUGAAGAGACAUGUCUUCAAUAAAUGUUUAAUUUAAGCAAUAUUCUGUAUCACUUCUUAUUACUGAACUGUUAGAUUUUAUGGGGUGAAGGUGGAACAAAGAAAAUCGGCCAAACAUAUCGGUCUCAUAUAUCGACCAUUGGCUGAGAGAAAAACCCAUAUCGGUCGACCUCUAAUGUAAACGCAAAUAGUUUUGAAAAUUGUCGUCAUGUGAACGUAAAACUUUCUAAAAAUGCAAACAAGAACUUUUGUUUCCUACUCCAUCGUUGUGCUGUAAACUUAAUGUAAGAUUUCAGCUGUGUUCAUAAGACUUCAUGAAAUGUUAAACUCCUGAAAAAGGACACGCUAUACUUUGAGCGAGCAUCCCUCAAUAUCCCGGGUGACAGCAUUACAUCAGGGUCAGCGUCAUUAACUUUUGCUUGCAGGUAGCAGCAGGUUUACAGGAUGAGGGUUAGUGAUGCACACAGCGAUCGGAUAAACCACUUUAAUGUUAAUGUUUUCCCCUUAGGUUCUUUUAUGCACUCCUUUUGUUUCCUUAAAAGUUUUAAUGCUGAUUAGUUUGUUUGAUAAAUGCUUUCAGUGUUGUUAAAGCCACUCUACAUUUUACAAGGGUCACAAGUGCCCAAAUUUACACAACAGGCAAAUGGCAGAAAUACAGACAAUCAAAAUGAAUCGAAAAUCAAGGAAUUUAUUACAACAAAUACAUUAAGAUGAACAUUUUUCUCCCUGAGUGUAAAUGCCUGAGAUCUGUGAGUUAAACUGAUUUUUUUAGUAGUUUUUUUUCCAGAACCAAGUAAGCAUGUAAAUUGUAUGCUCCUAUAAAAUCUGUUUUCACCAAAGUCCUUGUUUUCCAAAUUCUGUCAUUUUUCGUUUGAAUUUUUCUGUCUUUUGGUAUACAAUAGUAAUAUAUUUGCCCCCAUGAAAAAAAAUACUUAAGUAUACUAUAGUAUUCACUUAUAAACUAUAAUAAAAAACCUACAGUAGAUACUUGGAACCAUACAGGGAAAAAAUAGUGAGACGCGGAUGCUGAAAGCUCCAUGAGCAUCACGCGUGCAAUACACACAACCGUGCCACUCUUUUACUCAGUCACGCAAAACAAGCAGAUUACAUAUUUAAACCGCAUCUGAAAAAACAAUUUCUAUUGUUGUUCAUAGCACAAUUGGAAUUUUGUUAGCUUUUCAGCGCUACUUUCUGAUUAAGAAAUAAUACAUUUGCCAGAUUUCGUGUCAUUCCGCGUUUUUAGCCUGGAUUCUGAGAUUCCAUCCAUGUUUUCCGCAUGGUGGAAAUCAUAGGGCCCUAAAAAAAAUGUUUUGUAAAAUAAACAUGUAUGAUAAGGUUAGGAUAAGAAUCGUUUGCUUGUACUCACUACUGUAGUAACCAACUUUACAUAUUUACAUGUAACAUGUAACAAGAGCACUGAAAAACCUCUUCACUUGCUUGCCCUUCUCUAUAGGGUUACUACCACAGCGUAAGUUUAUAUUUGAAAACUUAAUAUAUAAUUCUUGCACCAAAUAAAGUGUAAAGUUCAAAGUAUUUGUAAAAGGCUUUUUAAGUGCUCAUGUGAUAAGAUAUCAUGCAUCUGAUAAGAGUUUGUCAUGUCUUUUUUUGACUCUCUAUCUUUUGAGUCCAGCCUGUUUCAGGCUAGUACACCACAGGGGGCCAAAACUUCAUGUCGCAUUCAAAGUCUGUGCGAGUCCCGUCACUGUCACUUCACCAUGUCUGUCUUUCAUCCCAUGUGUGUCGGAGUAAUGGCAUUCGCUUUCUUGAUGUGGUUAACAACAAUAGGUUGUAGGUUCUUGUCCUGUGCUGCAUGAUUUAAUGUUAAUAUCUAAUGUGAACUCCAACCAAAAUCCAAUCCAGUUGAAACGCCUUAAACUGCCCUGUUUGUUCCAUUUUAUAAUGUGCAUGUUGGAGGUAAUGCACUGUAACUAUGAAUACAUUUGUCAGUUCCUCUUCGGUUUUCUCAUCUCACUGUUGUAUGUGAAUUCUCCAUCAGAGUGGCUUCUUUUAUUUAAGGUGGGCCGUGUUGUUUGCCAACCUGAGGUGACCGGCACGGAACAUCUCCAAUAAAAGAAACGGUGCCCUUCGAUUUCCCCCAUUGUACUUCAUCUUGGUAUUUUUGAAUGAAUCAUGCCCCAUGUUUAUCAUUUUUUUGUUUCUUUGUGUUCUUUUUUUUGUUUUAUUUUACUUUCUGUGCACAGCAAUUGCUCUGAAAUUUGGGGACUGAGUACACCAAAUACGAUAGAACAGUGGGAUACCUCAGGCCUUUACAGCUACCCUGACCAAACCAGAUCUCUGGAUGGGCGUCUGCAGGUGUCUCACCGUAAAGGUCUGCCUCAUGUCAUUUACUGCCGUCUGUGGCGUUGGCCCGACCUGCACAGCCACCACGAGCUGCGUGCCAUCGAAACCUGCGAGUAUGCCUUCAACCUCAAGAAGGAUGAAGUCUGCGUUAAUCCCUACCACUACCAACGGGUGGAGACUCCAGUCCUUCCUCCAGUCCUUGUGCCAAGACACACGGAGAUCCUGACCGAGUUGCCACCUCUUGACGACUACACCAACUCCAUACCUGAAAACACCAACUUCCCGACAGGCAUCGAGCCCCCUAACAACUACAUACCAGAAACCCCCCCGCCGGGAUACAUCAGUGAGGAUGGGGAAGCCAGUGACCAGCAGAUGAAUCAAAGUAUGGACACAGGUUCUCCUGCAGAACUGUCUCCGAGUACACUCUCACCGGUUAAUCAUGGCAUGGACCUGCAGCCUGUGACUUAUUCAGAGCCUGCGUUCUGGUGCUCCAUAGCUUACUAUGAGCUGAACCAGCGUGUCGGGGAAACAUUCCAUGCCUCUCAGCCUUCCCUCACCGUGGACGGCUUCACAGACCCCUCCAACUCGGAACGCUUCUGCCUUGGGCUUCUGUCCAACGUCAACCGCAAUGCAACCGUGGAGAUGACUCGCAGACACAUAGGACGAGGGGUCCGGCUGUAUUACAUUGGUGGGGAAGUGUUUGCCGAAUGUCUCAGCGACAGUGCCAUUUUCGUUCAAAGCCCUAACUGUAAUCAGAGGUAUGGCUGGCACCCUGCGACUGUCUGUAAAAUCCCUCCAGGCUGUAACCUGAAGAUCUUUAAUAACCAGGAGUUUGCUGCACUACUGGCACAGUCUGUGAACCAGGGCUUUGAGGCUGUAUAUCAGUUGACCAGGAUGUGCACUAUUCGUAUGAGUUUUGUCAAAGGCUGGGGAGCUGAAUACAGACGGCAGACAGUGACGAGCACACCCUGCUGGAUCGAACUGCACCUGAACGGUCCGCUGCAGUGGCUGGAUAAGGUUCUGACCCAGAUGGGGUCGCCCUCUGUACGCUGUUCCAGUAUGUCCUAAUCGCCAUGAUGAAUCGCUUUCCUUGCCCCCAUCAAAACGACUGACUCUACGAUCACAUCAACCAACAACUCGAAGAACAACAGACUUUCUAUAAUCCCCCUUUCUCUUUCAUAGUAUUUGUGACCCUUUAUCUAUCUCUAAAUCCCCCCGAACCCCGAUGAUCUUGCUCUUCAGACCUGGCACUUGCUGUCACAUCAGCUAUAUGCACCUUUAAUUCGCUCUUUUCUUUCAUAAACCCUCAAUAUUAAAUGUAUUAGUAGUACAAUUUGAAAUUUAUAUUGUUUAUUUUUAUUGGUUUUGAAAAGGAGGGAAGGCAUGUAUGUUGUGUGACAGUUCUAGAAGGUAGUAAAUAACUUCACACAUAUGUAGCAGUAAAGCUCUUCUCCCCCUGAUGAAGUGAAUACUCGUAGUGCUCAGCUUGUAAUGGGGGAUCUUUUUGGGUAAUCAAUCUGGUUGUUUAAGAAAGAGACUUUGUCUGGCAAAAAGUUGCAUCCUUUGGUUUACGUCAACUAAUUGACAGUUUAGCACGUUAUGACUUAAUCAUGGUUUUUGACUUAAAUUUCUGAAACUAAUGCCAAAUCAAACUUUUGUUUUACUGUUCAAUUGCCCCAAACCACUACUUAAGAAUGUUGCAUUGAUUUGAGGUAUGCUGCUGUUAGACAUGCUUCUUGUAUUCCAAAUUUGAAGGGAUAGGGAUGUUUUGCAAGUGAUACCAAGCCCAAAAACAAAAAGUUCAAGUUUAAACCCUCCUCCUGUGCGGUAUCAUUCCCUAUUAACUUUUUAUUCACCUGGUUAAAUAUUCACUAGUUAGCUGCAGUUUAGGAGUCGGGUUUCUUGCAACAGAAUAGUUUCUUUUAAGGACGAACAAAGACUUUUAAAGGUUAUUAAAACAGUCCAAAUCUUUCAAAAAAUAAAAGACAAAAAAGUGAAUCGAAGUAUUUAAGCUGUAAGUGUUAAUAAACUAGGUUAUCCUUCAAGAUUUUGUUUCCUUUUAUCUUUCUUUUAGCUACUUUUUUGUAUUUUCAUGUAUUUUUAUAUAUAAAUAUAUUUAAGAUCUUUAAAGCUCUCUUCCUUUUUAUUAGAAUUACAUAUUUUUUUAGAUCAUGCCCUCUUUUUAAAGGAACAUGACUUCAUAAUAAAAUGUCCUAUCAAAAUGGUUAUUUAGCAUGACGUUUUUUGUAAGCGUACCUUUCUUUUCGGUUUACAAUUCAAGCUGCUGUCCCGGUUAACCUGAUGGUAAAAACACCAAUUGUCCUAAAAUGUGUUUUCUUUUUAGGUGCUUCUCCCACAUUUACUUGCCAAAAAACUGUUUAACACAAUUCUUUGCUGCCCUGGAGCAUAUGGUUAUCUUAAGGGGAAAUUCAGCCUGCUGUUGAAUGCUACAAAAACAUUGAAAUGUUCUGUUUGUUUUGCAACUGGGGAAAAGACUUUGGAUCAGGUUGCUGCUUUUUUUAAACAAGGAUAACUGUGCAACUUAAGUGUGUGUGAUCGUUGUACAACUUUUACUAAUGACUGAUAUAGCUGUCUGUUAUUUACUUGUUGUGGCAGUGACAAAGGCGUAUCAAAUAUCCAUUCCCCUCUUCCCACCAGUUAUCAUAUUUUCCUUCAUUGAUCUUUCUACUCUAGCGAUUGUACUUUUAAGUGCAUCUAGUAAAAUCUUAUGAAGAUGUUGUGGCCCAUUUUUUAAAACCCGACGCAGCGGCCAUACAACACUGGGAACGUUCCGCUUGACAUCUUUGACUGGGCGUGGAAAGAAAACCAAAUAGAACUGAAAGUGGACCAGAAGUAUAUGCAUAUAAAUGUGUAUAUAUAAUUUACUUUUCUUUUUUGUUGCAAAGCAUUUAACAGUUGGUGAGCUUGUUUUACCAUUAGAGAGAUGUGUUGGUAGGAUGUGAACUUCAGGAGAUAAGCUUUCAGGCGUGUUGCAUAAAUACACUAAUAAAAAGUUUUAAUUCUCA